CAAUUGGCAACCCGACGCCCCCCAGGAACAUCGCGUAUCCCCAGAGCAACUUCAAUUGACCCUCGCAAAAUGGCCUUCCGAGCUUCUUUCCGCCGCGCCGCCCUCGCCAGGCCCGCCACCGUCGCACGCAGCUUCCACUCGACCCCUCGAGCUAUGGUCCGCGUCGGCCAGGAGAUCCCCGACCUCGACGUCCUGGUCGAGGACUCGCCCGGAAACAAGGUCAACCUCGCCGAGGAGUUCAAGUCGGGCAACGGCUACAUCGUCGGCGUCCCCGCCGCCUUCUCCGGCACCUGCUCCAGCAAGCAUGUACCCUCGUACAUGAACCACCCCAAGCUCAAGGAGGCCGGCCAGGUCUUUGUCGUGUCUGUCAACGACCCCUUCGUUAUGAAGGCCUGGAGCGAGCAGCUGGAUCCCGCCAAGGAGACCGGGAUCCGAUUCCUCGGUGACCCUACUGGAGAGUUCACCAAGGCUCUGGAUCUUGGCUUUGAUGCGUACGCCAUUUUCGGAGGUAUGCGAGGUAAACGCUAUGCUCUCAAGGUUGAGGAUGGCAAGGUCAAGGAGGCGCAUGUUGAGCCUGACAACACUGGAAGCAGUGUGUCCAUGGCCGAGCAGGUGCUGGGUUAA